UUUAACAUGGACAUUGAGGAUCAAAUAAAAAACUUGACCGAAGAAGGAACUAAAGCUUUAAAUUUAGGAGAGUUUGAAAAGGCUAUUGAAAAGUUUAGUGAAGUUUCUGAACUUUCUACUAUAAUUUAUGGAAAUGUUUCUGAAGAGUAUGCAAAAGCUCUAUAUAAUUACGGACGUGCAUUACUUGAAAAUGCAAUGGUGCAAAAUAAAGUACUUGCAAAUGAUGCACUUGAACAACAAUCUAAAAAUGAUACUAUUACAGAUGAUCUUCUACAACAACAACCAAACACUUCUCAUCUUUACUUUGAAGGUGAACCUGAUUUCUCUGAUGGAAAUGACGAAGGCGAUGUUGUUAACCUUGUUGAAGAAAUAGAUUCAAUAACUGAAACAAUAGCUGAAACAACUAUUUCAAAUGAUGAUCAAAGUGACGAUGAUUUGACAUUAGCGUGGCAAAUUUUGGAAUUAGCAAGAAUCACAUAUUUAAAAAUUGAUUCAAAAGAUAAAGAAAAAAAAUUAAUUCUUGGUGAAAUAUACAUUAAAUUGGGCGAUGUAUCUCUUGAGUCUGAAAAUUUAGAUCAAGCUGCAAUUGAUUAUCAAGAAGGUGUGAAAAUCAAAUCAGAAUUUUUACCAGAAGAUAACCAAUUGCUACCUGACCGAAGUCGACUUGAAUCCGCCAUAGAUUAUGUUCAAAAGGCAAUAAUUGUUUUACAAAAUCGUAAAAAAAAUCUUAAAUCACAAUUAAUCGCUUUGCAAGAAAAAGUCGGCAAAGGAAAGCAAGUGGCUACAACUGAUGAUGAAGAUAGUUCGAUCAUUGAAGAUGAAAUAAAAGAGAUUGAUGAAUUAUUGGUUGAAAUGGAAACUAAACUUGAAGACCUUAAAACAGUGAAAUCUUCAAAUGAUGAACUUAAAUUAAAUCCAAUUGAUAUGACGAUGGAUGAAUAUAAAAAAUCUACGACCGCCACCACCGCCAUUAAUGAUGAUAGAAAAGAAAAGAACACUUGA